AGUGCGCUCACCCCACCCCUCCCCUCCUCCGGCCCCGGCCCCCACCCACCGGGCCCAGCCCCAGCCCCAGCCCCAGCUCCCGGCGGGCCCGUCCCGUGCGGGCCCGUGCCGCCCCUUGAGCCGGCGACGCCCCAGCUUGCCCACCCGCCACCAUGGAGCUGGAGGACGGUGUGGUGUACCAAGAGGAGCCCGGCGGCUCCGGGGCCGUGAUGUCGGAGCGGGUGUCCGGCCUGGCUGGCUCCAUCUACCGCGAGUUCGAGCGGCUCAUCGGGCGCUAUGAUGAGGAGGUGGUCAAGGAGCUCAUGCCACUGGUAGUGGCCGUGCUGGAGAAUCUGGACUCGGUGUUCGCGCAGGACCAGGAGCACCAGGUGGAGCUGGAGCUGCUGCGGGACGACAACGAGCAGCUCAUCACCCAGUACGAGCGGGAGAAGGCGCUGCGCAAGCACGCCGAGGAGAAAUUCAUUGAAUUUGAAGAUUCCCAAGAACAGGAAAAAAAGGACUUACAGACACGAGUGGAAUCUUUAGAAUCUCAAACAAGACAACUUGAACUCAAAGCAAAAAACUAUGCUGACCAGAUUAGCCGACUUGAAGAAAGAGAAGCAGAACUGAAGAAGGAAUAUAAUGCAUUACAUCAACGACACACCGAGAUGAUCCAUAAUUAUAUGGAACACUUAGAAAGAACAAAACUUCAUCAGCUCUCAGGGAGUGAUCAACUAGAAUCCACAGCUCAUAACAGAAUUAGAAAAGAACGACCUAUAUCAUUAGGGAUUUUUCCAUUGCCUGCUGGAGAUGGUUUGCUUACACCUGACACUCAGAAAGGAGGUGAGACCCCGGGAUCAGAACAAUGGAAGUUUCAGGAAUUAAGUCAACCACGUUCUCAUACCAGCCUAAAGGACGAACUUUCUGACGUUAGCCAAGGAGGAUCUAAAGCUACUACUCCAGCAUCAACAGCUGCAUCAGAUGGGGCAGCAAUUCCUAUUGAUACUCCUUUAAAGGAGGAUAAUGAAGGAUUUGUGAAGGCUGCAGAUACACCACAUAAGUCAGAUGUAAACAAGCACAUUGAAGUUCAAGUAGCCCAAGAAACUAGAAAUGUAUCAACUGGAUCUGCUGAAAAUGAUGAGAAGUCAGAAGUGCAAGCGAUCAUUGACUCCACUCCUGAGUUGGAUAUGGACAAAGACCUCAGUGGAUAUAAAGGCUCAAGCACUCCUACCAAAGGCAUAGAGAACAAAGCUUUUGAUCGCAAUACAGAAUCUCUCUUUGAAGAACUGUCGUCAGCUGGCUCAGGCUUAAUUGGAGAUGUGGAUGAAGGAGCAGAUUUAUUAGGAAUGGGUCGUGAAGUUGAGAAUCUUAUACUCGAAAAUACACAAUUGUUGGAAACCAAAAAUGCUUUGAAUGUGGUUAAGAAUGAUUUGAUAGCAAAAGUUGAUGAACUGACCUGUGAGAAAGAUGUGCUUCAAGGGGAACUGGAAGCUGUGAAACAAGCCAAACUCAAGCUGGAGGAGAAGAACAGAGAACUGGAGGAAGAGCUUAAGAAAGCUCGUGCGGAAGCUGAAGAUGCAAGGCAGAAAGCAAAAGAUGAUGAUGAUAGUGAUAUUCCCACAGCACAGAGAAAGCGGUUUACUAGAGUAGAAAUGGCCCGAGUUCUCAUGGAGAGAAAUCAGUAUAAAGAGAGGCUGAUGGAACUUCAAGAAGCUGUUCGAUGGACAGAGAUGAUUCGGGCAUCAAGAGAAAAUCCAGCCAUGCAAGAAAAAAAAAGAUCAAGCAUUUGGCAGUUUUUCAGCCGACUUUUCAGUUCCUCAAGUAACACUACUAAGAAGCCUGAACCACCUGUAAAUCUGAAGUACAAUGCACCAACCUCUCAUGUUACUCCUUCUGUCAAGAAAAGAAGCAGCACAUUAUCUCAACUCCCAGGGGAUAAGUCCAAAGCCUUUGAUUUCCUCAGCGAAGAAACUGAAGCUAGCUUAGCCUCACGACGAGAGCAAAAGCGUGAGCAGUACCGUCAGGUGAAGGCUCAUGUUCAGAAGGAAGAUGGUAGAGUUCAGGCUUAUGGGUGGAGUUUGCCUCAGAAGUACAAGCAGGUAACCAAUGGUCAAGGGGAAAAUAAGAUGAAAAAUUUACCUGUGCCUGUUUAUCUCAGACCCCUAGAUGAAAAAGAUGCAUCAAUGAAGCUGUGGUGUGCAGUUGGCGUCAAUUUAUCUGGUGGGAAGACCAGAGAUGGGGGUUCUGUUGUUGGAGCAAGUGUGUUUUACAAGGAUGUCACGACUUUGGAUGCAGAAGGCAGUAAACAGCGAAGUGCAUCUCAGAGUAGUUUGGAUAAGUUAGAUCAGGAGCUCAAGGAACAGCAAAAGGAAUUGAAAAAUCAAGAAGAAUUAUCCAGUCUAGUUUGGAUCUGUACCAGCACACAUUCAGCUACGAAAGUUAUCAUUAUUGAUGCUAUUCAACCAGGCAACAUCCUAGACAGCUUCACUGUUUGUAACUCUCAUGUUCUGUGUAUUGCAAGCGUACCAGGAGCACGGGAAACAGACUAUCCUGCAGGGGAAGAGGUUUCUGAGUCAGGCCAGGUAGACAAAGCAUCUUUGUGUGGAAGCAUGACAAGCAAUAGCUCAGCAGAAACAGACAGCCUUCUGGGAGGGAUCACAGUGGUUGGUUGCACCACAGAAGGUGUGACAGGAUCUGCCACUUCGCCUAAUACCAAUGGUGCUUCUCCAGUCAUUGAAAAACCACCAGAAACGGAAGCAGAAAACAGCGAGGUUGAUGAAAGUGUUCCAACAGCCGAAGAAGCAACUGAAGCUACAGAAGGCAACGCAGGGUCGGCCGAAGACACCGUGGACGUCUCCCAGAGUGGCGUGUACACGGAGCACGUGUUCACAGACCCUCUGGGAGUGCAGAUCCCAGAGGAUCUCUCCCCAGUGUAUCAGGCCAGUAGUGACUCAGAUGCGUAUAAAGAUCAAAUAUCAGUAUUGCCGAGCGAACAAGACCUGGUGAGAGAGGAAGCCCAGAAAAUGAGCAGCCUUUUACCAACCAUGUGGCUUGGGGCUCAGAACGGUUGUUUGUAUGUCCAUUCGUCCGUGGCCCAGUGGAGGAAAUGUCUCCAUUCCAUUAAACUUAAAGAUUCAAUUCUCAGUAUUGUACAUGUGAAAGGAAUUGUUUUAGUGGCAUUAGCUGAUGGCACCCUUGCAAUCUUUCACAGAGGAGUUGAUGGCCAGUGGGAUUUAUCCAACUAUCACCUCUUAGACCUCGGGCGGCCUCACCACUCCAUCCGCUGCAUGACUGUGGUACAUGACAAAGUGUGGUGUGGCUAUCGGAACAAAAUCUACGUGGUCCAGCCAAAGGCCAUGAAGAUCGAGAAAUCAUUUGAUGCACACCCCAGGAAGGAGAGCCAAGUGCGGCAGCUUGCAUGGGUGGGUGACGGUGUGUGGGUCUCUAUUCGCUUGGAUUCCACACUCCGUCUCUAUCAUGCACAUACUUAUCAACACCUACAGGAUGUGGACAUUGAGCCUUAUGUAAGCAAAAUGUUAGGUACUGGAAAACUGGGCUUCUCUUUUGUGAGGAUCACAGCUCUUAUGGUGUCUUGCAAUCGUCUGUGGGUAGGGACAGGAAAUGGCGUCAUUAUCUCCAUCCCCUUGACAGAAACAAAUAAAACCUCAGGAGCACCUGGCAAUCGCCCUGGAAGUGUAAUCCGCGUAUAUGGUGAUGAAAACAGUGAUAAAGUGACACCAGGGACAUUUAUUCCAUACUGUUCGAUGGCUCAUGCGCAGCUCUGCUUCCAUGGACACCGGGAUGCUGUGAAGUUCUUUGUGGCAGUCCCAGGUCAAGUCAUCAGCCCACAAAGUGGCAGUAGUGGCACCGACCUAGCUACUGACAAAGCAGGACCAUCUGCACAGGAACCUGGCAGCCAGACGCCCUUGAAGUCUAUGCUGGUCAUCAGUGGAGGAGAGGGCUACAUCGACUUCCGCAUGGGUGAUGAAGGGGGAGAGUCUGAACUUCUCGGAGAGGAUCUUCCACUGGAACCAUCUGUCACCAAAGCGGAAAGGAGUCACUUGAUAGUGUGGCAAGUGAUGUACGGCAACGAGUGAGCCCGUCGGACACCAAACGGGGAGGAGCUCUCGCUUCUGCAUGGUUUCUUUUUCCCUUUUCCCCUUUAUUUAAUGCUCUUUUUGUGAAAUAAGUUUCACCGCAUAAUAUGUGAGCAUUUUUUCCCCUGUUAACUUUAUAUUACAAAAAUCUGUCCUACCAUAACCAUACAGGAGUCUUACUGCACCAGUGUUAUAGGCGAUUUCAGUAUAUUAUGAACAAAUCAAAGAAUGUUUACUUCCUGCAAACUGGUGAGCUACAGAAAGCAAUCCAGAUGUGGCAUACUCUGCCACGGUCUAACAUCACUCACUUGGUUUGGUGGGGGGUCACUUUUUAGCUGUCACUAAUAAUGGAGUUAAAGGACAAACACUUGUUAAGUUAAACUGUACCAUUAGGUACAAUAGAAGAGUUUUCCCCGAUGUAUUAUAAAAUUGACACAAACUAAUAUCAGGUGAAAUAUCAAGGCAUAUCUAAAUGUCUUGAAAAAGCUAAAAGCUAACUGUAAAUGACUUCACCUUUCACUUUCCAAUCUGACAAAUCUUGUUUAUAUGGUAUAUAAAGCUUUGUUUUCAUCAGGUUUUGGGGGGUUUUAUAUUAAAGAAAUUAAGACUACACUA